AUGUCUGCUCCCUUAUCUGGCCGCCAAUCUCCCCCUCCGGAGCAUCAAUCGGGCGCCCAGCAGCAGGACACUCCCGGCUCUGGCAAGACCAAUGUCGGCAAACACCCAGCUCCCGAGUUCUCGCAUAAGUCGUCGGAGGACUUUAAGAACAAUGUUCUGACGAGCAACCCUGAACAUCCGCUGGAGAAGAUUGAGGCGGAGAAGUUCGCCAAGGGAAAACAACAUUAA